AUGGCUCAUUUUUUAGAUCAUUCCUACAGUUUGGUACACCAGGACAAUGCGGCAGAUGUACCAACCAUGUCCGAGCUGCGGACGCAGUUGGAGAAGGGCACAGAUGAGUCCAAGGUAGAGACAAUGAAGCGCAUCCUCACCGUCAUGCUGAAUGGGGAUCCAAUGCCUCAACUACUCAUGCAUAUCAUUCGAUUCGUCAUGCCGUCGAAGCACAAGGCUCUCAAGAAGUUACUCUACUUCUACUACGAAAUAUGCCCAAAACUUGACGCCAGUGGGAAAUUGAAGCAAGAGAUGAUCUUGGUCUGCAAUGGCAUUAGAAACGACCUGCAACAUCCCAACGAAUAUAUUCGAGGCAACACUUUACGGUUCUUGUGCAAGUUGCGAGAAACCGAGCUCAUCGAACCCCUCCUCUCCUCUGCUCGCGGUUGUCUCGAGCACCGACAUGCCUAUGUGCGAAAGUCUGCUGUCUUCGCGGUGGCUUCGAUCUUCCAACACUCCGAAAGUCUCAUUCCAGAUGCGCCUGAGCUAAUUGCUACGUUCUUGGAGGGCGAGAGUGACCACACCUGCAAGCGCAAUGCAUUUGCAGCACUCGUCAGCAUUAGCCAUGACAAAGCUUUGGCGUAUCUCAGCAGCGUCUUUGAUGGUAUCCCGAAUGCAGACGAGCUUUUACAAUUGGUUGAGUUGGAGUUCAUCCGCAAGGAUGCAGUUCAGAACUCGCAAAAUAAGGCACGGUAUUUACGGCUUAUCUUCGACCUUCUCGAUGCCGGUGCAAGCACAGUUGUUUAUGAGGCAGCUUCUUCGCUCACCGCUUUGACCAGCAACCCAGUUGCUGUCAAAGCUGCGGCAGCCAAAUUCAUCGAGCUUAGCAUCAAGGAGGCAGACAACAAUGUCAAGCUUAUUGUCCUCGACCGGGUGGAUCAUUUGAGACAGAAAAAUGAAGGUGUUCUGGAUGAUUUGACCAUGGAAAUCCUACGGGUCUUGUCAAGCCCAGAUAUCGAUGUACGGAGGAAGGCUCUUGCCAUUGCAUUGGAGAUGGUGUCUAGCAAGAAUGUUGAGGAAGUCGUGUUAUUGCUGAAAAAAGAACUGACAAAAACGGUCGACCAAGAAUACGAAAAGAAUAACGAAUACCGCCAACUACUGAUCCACUCAAUACAUCAGUGCGCAAUCAAAUUCUCGGAAGUCGCCGAAAGUGUUGUUGGACUUUUGAUGGAUUUUAUUGCGGAUUUCAACAACACCUCGGCUGUCGAUGUUAUUUCAUUCGUCAAGGAAGUGGUAGAGAAAUUCCCUAAGCUUCGCCCCUCCAUUGUUGAACGUUUAGUGUCUACUCUUAGCGAAGUCCGUGCAGGCAAGGUUUACCGUGGAGCGCUGUGGAUUGUGGGAGAAUACUCUCUGGAGGCCAAUGAUAUCAGAGACGCUUGGAAGCGGAUACGAGCAAGUUUGGGUGAAAUUCCAAUUUUGGCUUCAGAGCAACGUCUUUUGGAUGAGGUUGCGGAAGGUCUAGAACCUCGAAAGGAGCCUGAGCAAGUCAAUGGGCACUCCAAGGCUGCGCCUACAGGUUCUAGAAGAGUUCUUGCCGAUGGCACCUAUGCUACCGAAAGUGCUCUCACAAGUCAGUCCGCGGCUGCUGCCAAGUUAGAAGCUGUCAAGGCUGCUCAAAAGCCACCUCUUCGACAACUUAUUCUCGAUGGCGACUACUAUUUGGCCUCGGUUCUCUCCUCUACACUCACAAAACUUGUUAUGCGUCACUCAGAAAUCUCGAAAGACGAGGCUCGUACAAACGCUUUGCGCGCCGAGGCUAUGCUCAUCAUGAUCUCCAUUAUCCGCGUUGGUCAAUCACAAUUCGUCAAAGCUCCCAUUGAUGAAGACUCUGUCGACAGAAUCAUGUCUUGUGUGCGGUCUCUGGCGGAAUUCGCUCAGAACAAGGAUCUCGAGACUGUGUUCUUGGACGAUACACGAAAGGCCUUCCGCGCGAUGGUUCAAGUCGAAGAGAAGAAGCGUGCCGCAAAGGAGGCAAUCGAGAAGGCUAAGACUGCGUUCAAGUUGAUGAUGUGGUCGCCAUCAGACAAUGAGAUCGAGCUUGAUCUUGAGAAAGCAACCGGGGGCGAAUCAACUGUCGAUGAUUUGACAUCGAAAUUAAGCCGUGUUGUUCAACUCACAGGAUUCUCGGAUCCAGUCUACGCGGAGGCAUAUGUUAAAGUUCAUCAGUUCGAUAUUGUCCUCGAUGUACUGCUGGUAAACCAAACCACAGAAACGCUUCAAAAUCUUUCCGUCGAAUUCGCCACGCUAGGCGAUCUAAAGGUUGUGGAGCGACCAACCACGCAAAAUCUUGGACCUCACGACUUCCAAAACGUUCAAUCUACCAUCAAGGUCUCCUCAACAGAUACGGGUGUCAUUUUUGGAAAUGUUGUGUAUGAUGGUGCGAGCUCGACAGAGAACAAUGUGGUUAUCCUUAAUGAUGUUCACGUCGAUAUCAUGGAUUAUAUCCAACCUGCAGUGUGCACCGAAACCCAAUUCCGAACAAUGUGGACCGAAUUCGAGUGGGAGAACAAGGUGAACAUCAACUCAAAGGCCAAGUCAUUACGCGAUUUCCUCACGCAAUUGAUGGCCAGUACAAAUAUGAGCUGUCUGACACCGGAGGCAUCACUGAAGGGCGAUUGUCAAUUUUUGAGUGCGAACUUAUAUGCGCGAAGUGUUUUUGGCGAGGAUGCACUUGCAAACUUGAGCAUCGAGAAAGAGGGAGAGGAUGGGCCAGUGACAGGAUUUGUCCGAAUUCGAAGCAGGUCACAAGGUCUAGCGCUCAGCCUCGGGUCGUUGAAAGGAUUGAACAAGGUUGGAGAAAUCGCUUGA